AUGGUGGCCAUUCCGUCCGAGGAAAUAUUCCGAUGCCUGCUGGAAGCUGGGGCUAGCCCUGAUGGGAUGAGUGUGGGAAAAACGACAGUCGCAGCCGCGGUUCUGGGCUCGGGUCGGACUGCACUGGUGCAGAUGCUGUUGGACCGCGAGUUUGACUUGCCGCUGCUCAUGGGCCGUGCCAGUUUCAUUCACCAAGCCAUUGGAGGCGGACGAGCGGUCUUUGAGUUUCUCCUGCGACAGCAGCGAUGGGACGACCUGCUCCUCCCGGAGAUUCUCUCCAGCAUGGCCUGUGAGGAAGCUUUCUGCGUGGCGGCCAACGCCGGCCGAGUGGAGAUAGUGCAGUUCUGA